ACGUGGUUUUUCGAUUGAAUUCUUCUAAACGGGCAUUUUUAAUACAUAAGCAAUAAAUAGGAAGCCGAAGCCGAUUUAUCAGAAGGUGAUUAACUAAUCAAGAAGGUGAUUAAUUAAUUAAUCAAGAAGGUGAUUAAUUAAUCAAGAAGGAGAUUAAUUAAUCAAGAAGGUGAUUAUUUAAUCAAGACGAGGACGAAGAUGUCGAGCUCGGGACAACGAGCGCUGCUGUCAUCUCUCAUCCUGAUAUUGGCGGGCAUUCUUGUUCUGCCGGUCGCUGCUCUCGAAUGUCCAAAGAUUUUGGACCAAAAUCCAGAUUGCCUCCAGAACGGCAAGGUCGGGACGAACCCAGAAAAUUGCAAUAUCGUCGUCAACGUAUACGAAGACUGCGAGGAGGGAUCGUCGCUCUUCAUUGUUGAAGGUUCUUCAGUUUCAUUCGGCACUUCUAACUGCAAAGGAGCUGUCGACAUUGACGACAAUAAUGCGGUUGUACUGAACAAUGCACUUGAUGCUGAACUUGGGAGCAUACCUCCGUCUUGUUUACAAAAAAUAAUAUAUACAAUCAAUGGCACAGAAUUCUCUGCCCUCUUACAAACCGUCGAUGUUGACGAAUUUCCGCCUAUGCUGACCAACCAGGCGCCCGCGCUCACUAUCUACACGGACGAAAAUAACCAGCCGGAUUAUUUCUUACUCGCCAUCAACGUUAGCGACCCAGACUACGGGGAGACAUCAACCUUGAGUGGAGUUCUUCUCGAUACUUUUGACGACCGAUUUGCCUUACGCCGACAUGACGGAUGCGAGGCAAGCUCCUGUGAGGUGGCCACAUUCGACCUCGUGGCGGCCAAGUCCCUCGACUACGAAGACGGCGUCUUCUAUGAAAUUGAAGCCACUUUUACGUCUUCUGACUCCCGAGGAAGCCACAACACGACGCAGAUUACGGUGCUGCUGUUCAUCAACGACUUGCCAGACUCCCCGCCCUUCUGGCUCAAGAUCGUGCCGACCGUCUCUGUGCAGGAGUCAGACGAAGUGGGCAAGGAAGUGUUCAGCGUGUUGGCUAGAGAUCGAGACAUCGGCAUCGACAACGACAUCAACUAUGAUAUCACCAAUGGCAACGAUGGAGGCUACUUCGCGAUAGAUAAAGCGAAGGGCGUCGUGACGACAGCCAAAGCAAUAGACAGGGAGGUUCUGAAUGCGACGUUCUUCAACCUGGAGGUGAUGGCGUACGAAGUCCUGGCAAACGGCAGCAUGGCUCCAGACCCCAACAACGUGACUCAGGUAACCAACGUGCAAGUGACAGACGUGAACGACUGCGUGCCGGAGUUCGGGGCCGCCGCCAUGAACGUGACGAUGUCGGAGCUGACAGCGCUGGCGGGCGGCGGGUCGUUCGUCAUCGGCUACAUCACCGUGGAAGAUCUCGACGAGGACCAAGCAGGGGAGUACGCGCUCACCAGUUCGCAGCCCCAACACCUGGCGUUCAGUCCGCGCUCCGGUUCCGGUGAAACUAACUUCACGGUCACGGCUCUCUAUGUUCCUGAUGACAACAUUUACGACUAUGAGUCAAGGCCAGACAAUGAUUACGACAUCAUUAUUGAGAUCAACGCUACGGAGGUAGCAGACCCCUCACACGUCAGCUCCACCACUCUAAUCAUCACACUCAUUUUCUACCCUCAGAUCAACUCUAAUGUUGCUUCAGACCCCUCACACGUCAGCUCCCCCACUCUAAUCAUCACACUCAUUUUCUUCCCUCAGAUCAACGCUACGGAGGUAGCAGACCCCUCACACGUCAGCUCCAUCACUCUAAUCAUCACACUCGAAGACGUCAACGACAAUUAUCCUGUCUUCAAAUAUUUACAAUACCCCGCUUCGAUUUACGAAAACUUAGCAAAUGAAUUACCAGUGAUCAACGUUUUAGCGACGGACAACGACAAGUCGGAUGAGUAUGGCACUCUUAGUUUAAGAUACUUCAUGUUCAACUGUGACUCGUAUUUUACCAUCAAUGACGUGACUGGAACAAUAACCGUGACUGGGCAGCAGAAUUUGGACUAUGAGCAGCGCGACACAAUUGAGUGCAAUUUAGAAGCCCGAGAUCUGGAGGGAGGAACUGGAUACCUGAAAGGAACGUCGACGUUGGUCGUGGAAUUGGUAGAUGUGGACGACACUCCUCCCGACAUAGCUGUCAUGUCAACCUCGUAUGAAGUGUUGGAGAACGAGACCGUAGGUAGCGUACUGGUGUCGGUCGCGGCUACAGACAAGGACACCAACGCCUCGGUUAACUUCUACAUCAUUUAUGAGGACAAUAACAGGCCAGGUGUUGAAGAUUGGUUUAUCAUCGAAGACCGACCAUGUGAGCCAGAAGAAGGCGACUUCUGCGCUGAUGUUAAAACAAAUGCUGAGCUGGACCGGGAGACGCAAGACAAGGUGGCUAUCAAGAUCAUUGCUGUUGACAACAACACUGACAUGAACGCUGCAACUGAUUCAGUUGACGUGACCAUAACAUUGCUGGACGUUAACGACAAGACGCCCGUCUUCUGCGACACCUGUGCCCAGGACGACUCUGUCUACGAGAACUCGCCGAGCGGAUCUUUGAUAGCUAGGAUCUACGCCACCGACGAGGAUCUUGACGAUAUUCUGAUCUACGAUUGUAGUUCUUGCGACACCGUUGUACUGGAUAAUUCGACGGGCGCCUUAACUGUUGGAGUAAACUCCAUUGAUCGGGAGACCCAAGCCUACAUCAACGUAACCAUCACCGUCACCGAUGCUGCCGGCCACUCCGCAGUGAUGGAGGUCUCCAUAACCGUUAAAGAUCGGAAUGAUGAAUCUCCGGUUCUGGACGAAGCUUUAUGCGGUAAAACUUACGACAACGUCUUCGAAAACGCCGCCAACGGAACGCACGUCGUAACGAUGACGGCGACUGACAAAGAUGAAGGCGCGCAUGCAAAAAUCAGUUACAUCCUGACGAAGAUAGCGGGCGGCACAGGCCCUUUGAGUCCCUUCGCCAUCGACGCCGAUACAGGUGAAAUAGUUGUGAAAGUGGGUAACGGAAUUACUCUAGACAGAGAAGAGACCGCUACAUGGGUGCUGCAAGUAAAAGCCAUCGACAGCUGUGAAUUUAACGAGCCCAGCUGUACAGAAAGGACCAACGCUUGCAACAUAACAAUCAGCGUCCAAGACGAGAACGACGAGACGCCUUACCUACCCGCCCCUCUCACCUUAACGGCAAACGAGGCUCUAACAGCGUCCACAUACGGAGGAGGAGACUGUCUGCCCUGUUUGGAUGACUUGGACUGGGUAGAAGUGAGCUACACAGAUAACGAUGAAGAUAAACCAAACAACCAAGCUGAAAUCGUGAUCAACUAUGACAACUCUGUGAUUUAUCCUAGUAAUGCUACUGGGCAGCUAGAAAACUUCAUUAUGAAAGCUGCGUCUAAACCAAGAACUUUCAACCUUUGCCUCAAGUCUGACAUGGUCGGCAACUUGAGUCGGACUGAAGCUUUGGCCUAUAACCUGAGUUUAAUAGCGACGGAUUACGGCGAGCCUCCCCUGGUAACCUACUCGUGGAUUUACGUUAACCUCAAGCCAGUCUCCGAGUUCGAACCCGCGUUCUGCACCAACAUCACCGAGUGCCAUGGCGAAACCUACAUUUUAGAGGAAACAACGGAUGCCGGAAAAUUUAGGGUCGCUACAGAUGAAGACAACCUCUACGCGGUCGAUGACAUCAUUUAUUAUUACAUCGUCGGUCAGGAAUUUGCAAAUUUUGAGAUCCCCGACCCUGAAGAGCCGUUUGUGAAACCACUCAAGCCUCUGGAUAGGGAUUACCCUGGACCUGGAGAGUACCUUGUACUAAUACAAGCUACCAACUCCAAGAAUCCUCCACUUUCUCAGGGUACCGACAUCAAUCCAACAACAACUGCCAUGCUACAGCUGAAAAUUGUCCUUAUCGACAAGAACGACAACGCACCGAUAUUUGAUUCAGAAGUUAUCUACGGCAGUGUUCUGCAGACCGGCAGCGUUGACCAAGUUGCGGCAUAUCUGCUGGCUACUGACAAGGAUCUGAACGAGACGCUAAUCUAUUCGAGGAUUGGCGACAUCAAUUGGGAUCCUGUCCAAUACGAUGACUCGGUGUUCCAAGUGCUGGACGACUCAGUUACCGGCACCGUAUGGCUGCGUCAGUCUCCUUCAAACCUGAAGGGGUAUUGCACUUUUAGUGUUCAAGUCACCGAUCACUUGGGCGAUGAGCACAAAGACACAGCCCUGGUUCAGAUCUUCAUCGUCACAACUGAUGACGAAGUUUCCUUCUACUUCAAGAAUGACAUCGAAACGCUCAUAAGUGUAGAAGACGACGUGAGUCAUGCCUGUGUUGGAAGUCCCAAACUCGUCAUAAGGUCCACAUUCGGUUACCUCGCGUUCAUAACCGGCGGGGGCGACAACACAACCCGUGACUCCGUCGUGGCGGCGCACUUCGUCGACAACGCCACGGCGCCCCUACGCGCCGCAGACUCGGCGCCCGGUAACAUCGUGCCGCCCAAUGUCAUCGAGAGUUUGGCCUCUUCGGCGGUGACCAGCUCGCAGCUUCAGUCAUCCUUGAGGAUGCUUGGUUUGGACCUCUACCAAGUGGGGGAGUCUCCGAUCUCCAACCGCGACGAACUGGAGGCCCAACUUUUAACUUACCAGAUAACGCUUGCCGUGGUCGCCAUGGUACUUGGCUCCCUGGUCUUCCUCCUGACCACCGCGUACUGCGUCAGGACUAGAAAGCUGGAGCGCCGUGUCAAGGUGCUCACGACCAACACGUUCGGCUCGCACUCCUCUGAUCUGAACCGCGCCGGCCUCGCGGCGGUGCCCAACAGCAACUUGUUCAAGGGAGAAGGAACCAACCCUAUGUUCAACAUCUCCUUGCAGGAGUUCAACAAACAGGAAACUGGGAGCAUAAACAGCGGUGAUUCGGUGCUGGUUGGGGUUGAAGACAACCCGGAAUUCCGCGAUUACAAAGCCGGACAGAAGCAGGACAACAGCAGCAGAAUGGAUGCUCCUGCUUACGUGGGCGCGGAUGGCGUAGCGUCUAACAAUCCGCUUUUUGCUGUCCUCGACCAGCCGUCAGCUACAGCGCCUUCAGACCAAGGCAGCGACGGAGGCUCGUACGUCGCCGGGGACCUAGGGACCCCGAACUCGAACUUCAUUUUCCAGUGACAAGUGCAACAACAAGAAUCUUUAACCACGUAAUCAAAAUAUAUGUCUUUAAUUAUUACAAUAUAAAACUCAUGUUAAAAUUCAUUGCUUCUGAAGGUAAAUGAGUUAUUUACCACAUGGACUGACAGAUUUACUUUAAAUUGUAUUCUCGGACAUACCAUCAAAAAUACCUUUGAGACGAACCGAAUACAAAAAUAAAUUCAUGCUCAAUGUCACAAAAUAAAUAAAGAAGUCAACAGGGAUUCGCCUGAACAUCUCCUUUGGACCGGCCACCGUUAAAUUAUUAAACAUGAUUUUGACUUGCCACGAUCUCUGGAGGCUACUAACCAAUUAUUUUAUUAAUUAUUCGAGUAGUCAAUGAUGAGUUCAGGUGUGAUCAAUUAAUCGACAAUUGAACGGGUUCGUGAAUAUCAUGCGGCGUACGGCUGAACAUAUUCUAGAAUAUGGUUAUAUCAUAUGGCAUAGAGAAAAAUCAUAAAGUAAGUUCGCGUUAAAACUUGCAGGAAGAGACAACAAAUUUCUUCUUAAUUGUUGUUACAUUAGAGAUAGCUACGAUAUUAUUAUUAAACACAAUUAUAUAAGCAUGUACUAGUCAUUAUUUGAAUUUGCAUGUUCAUAAUUUUGUUUUGAUUUAUACCUACACUUUCGAUGUCAAUUUAUAAAGCCUAAUUUUAAGAACUGUUUAAAAUCAAUAAAUGGUA